AUGGAUACCAAACAACAACACAAAAAUGAAGGUGGAUUAAGAGAUUUCUUGAAAAAGAGUACUCAUGCAAUGAGUAGUGAAAUUCCUCCUAUUAGUACUCCACCUUUAGUUUCACAAAUAGCAGUUCAUGACAAGGAACAAAGACAAAAGAUCUAUGCACUCAUUCAAAACCUAAUGAGAGCUAUCACAGAGAGUGACUUUACCGACUUUGACAACUUUUUUGAACCAAAGGCUGUAAUGAAUCGUCUAAAUGAAGAAAUUAUUGGAAGAAAAUUAAUUAGAGAAUUUUUAUCAGGUAAAUCAAAAACAUCAUCAUCAUCUUAUAGAUUAUUAAGAUGGUUGUAUGAUAGUGACAAGAAAUUUGUUUCUUGUGAAUUUGUUAAAAGAAAAAAAGCAAACAAUGAAAAUCAUUCCACUGAAUGCUUUGUCUCUUGGUUUAUUAAAUUGUCACCAUCAGAUGACAAUACUAUCAAGACAUGGUAUACUUGGAGAGACCCUUAUUAUAGUAAACGUAUAGAUUCGGUCGAUCAAGAAUGGCCAGUUGAAGGAUGGACAGAAUCAAAGAAUAUUAGACAAUAUAAAGAAUCAACUAUUCUAGAUGUUAUUAAAGCCAAAUUCCAAUCGUUUGAAAACAGAGAUGUUGAUAAAUGGCAAGAGUUUCUUCACGACGACAUUGUAGUCCGACCACCAUGGAAUUUCAGUACCAACAAAUCAGAUUGUCUAAAAGGAUUUGAUCAAUUUCAUAACAAAUAUGAUCAUAUUUCAUGUUCUAUUCAAGAAUUCCUUUAUGAUUAUACUCGUCCCAAUCAAGCCUGUUAUAUUCAAUUGUUUAGUUCAAACAACAAAGAAACAGGACAAAAGUGUGAGGAUGUAGACUACUCUUUUAUUGAAAUUGUAGAUGGAAAGAUUAGAUAUUGGCGUAGCUAUUUCUAUGAAAAGAGUGAGACUAGAUCAUUUGAUAGAUUCAUCAGAGAAAUCAAUGAAUCUUCUAUUAGAUCAAGUACUGAUAAAGGUCAACAACAACAACAACAACAACAACAACAACAACAACAACAACAACAACAACAACAACAACAACAAAGAAAUUAA